ACGUCGCUUCAUUGUAAGAUGGCGCUCUGAAGAGAACGAACGUACAGAAAAAUCGCUCGCGCCGUCCUUCGUUUCAACUACGGUUGUGUGUGAAAAGCCAACUGCCACUGCUAGGAAGACUGCUCGCGCGCACUAUUCAGCCGCGAUCAAAACAAUAACAAGUGUGUCGGGCCGGGUAGCGGAUUACGCGCGUUCCGGAUCUCGGUGUGUCCCCGCGGACAAGUGCGUGUGUUCCGUCGCGAAGUGAAAUUUUUCCGAGGUCACGCAGCCAAUCCAAAAUGGCGUCCGGUCGCGAGUGGUGAAUUUUUUUCGCAACGGUGAAAAUUGUUUUUCUCGGCACGGGUGCGGAUUUCCGGACGGAUUUUGCCGGUUUUCGAUGUGUGGUGGCCGGGGCCAUUUUCCGGACGUGACCCCCCUCGGCUGGAACCUGCUUUAGGUGGGGUUUUGCAGCAAAAACACCUUCCAAAUCGACAUGAGUCAGCAGUCCAAGGAGGACAAGAGCGACUCGGAGAACGAGUCGAGCAACGACAGCAAGAGCGAGUCCGGCUCGUCGGACUCGGAGAGCGAGAGCGGAUCCGGCUCGUCGAGUUCCAGCUCGAGCGACAAUGAGGGCGACACCACGGGCGGAACGGCCGCGGACAGCAGCGGCGUCAACACGUCCGCUGCCAACGACAACGCGCAGGAUGGGACGAAGCCGGAGGAGAACGGAAACGACCACCAGGGUGGUUCUGAUGCGGAGCAGGAGGAGGACCAGAGCGAGUCGGUCAGCCGGACGCAGAUAAACAAUAGCGAAGAGACGAAUGAUAAGUCGAGGAGCAGCGCGCAGACCGGCGGUUCCGGAACGGACGAUAGCGAUGACGACGAUGCCGAUCGGAGCCAGGAGAACAACCACAACAAUAACAACAACAGUGGAACCAACAACAAUAGCGACUCGGAGGACAGCGGAAAGCCGAGCAACGCUAGCCAGAGUCAGGAGGACGAUGACGAUGAUGACGAUGGGUCGGCCAGUCAUCAGUCGGAGGAUGAGGAGCAUUCGUCUAAAAGUAGCUACGAUGAUGAGGACUACGCGGCCAACAAGCGACGGAACAAUGCCCGGAAGAAGGCUGCGGCGGCGCAAGCCCGGCGAAAGGGUGGCUCAAGCAGUGCGGCACCUGCCAAGAAGAAGAAGAAGAGCAGCAGCAAUCGCUGGAAGUCGGACUCUUCGGAGGAGAGCGAAGAUGCCAGCGACCAGGACAGUUCCGAUGAGGAUGCCAGCUACGGGGCGGCUCGGAAGGCCGCACCGAAGAAACGGGCCGCUCCGGCGCCCAAAGCAAAGCCAAAGCCCACGAAGAAGAAGCGUGCGGCGGCGUACUCGUCGGACAGCGGUUCCGACGGGGAACAGUCCCGGCAGGGUCGAAGCCGGCGGGCAACGGCCGUCAGUUACAAGGAGGCGAGCGGGGAUGAAGCGACCGACAGUGACGAUCUGCUCGAGGUCGAUCCGGAAGCGGAGGAGGCAGCUGCUGCGGCGGCCGCUGAGGAGGAAAAGUCUGAAACGAUCGAGCGGAUCCUGGAGCAGCGUGUGGGGCGGAAGAGCGCUACCGGAGCCGGUACGACGUGCUAUUCGGUGGAGGAGAGUGGCGAUCCGAACGAGGGCUUUAGCGAACGCGCCGACUCGGAGAACGCCGAGCAGCAGUACUUGAUCAAGUGGACGGGGUGGUCGUAUCUGCACUGUACGUGGGAGUCGGAGGAAACGCUGAAGGAGCAGCGCGUCAAAGGGAUGAAGAAGCUGGAGAAUUAUAUUAAACGCGAGCAUGACAUUGCGUUCUGGCGGAAGCAUCAGGCCGGGCCGGAGGACAUUGACUAUUACGAGUGUCAGCAGGAGCUGCAGCACGACCUGCUCAAGAGUUACUACAACGUGGAGCGGGUGAUUGCGCAGGUUGAGAAGCCCGAGGGGGGAUUGGAUUAUCUGUGCAAGUGGGAAUCGCUGCCGUACGCGGACUCGACCUGGGAGGAUGCCAGUUUGAUUGUGAAGAAGUGGGAGCGCAAGGUGGAGGAGUUCCGAGAGCGAGAGGAUAGUCGGAGGACGCCGUCCAAGCAUUGUAAGGCCAUUCGGAGUCGACCCAAGUUCCACCACUUGAAGGCUCAACCGGACUAUUUGGGCGUGGAUCGAGGGCUGAAGCUGCGCGACUACCAGAUGGAUGGGUUGAACUGGUUGAUUCUGACCUGGUGCAAGGAAAACUCCGUCAUCUUGGCCGAUGAAAUGGGUUUGGGUAAAACCAUUCAGACGAUUUGCUUCCUGUACUAUCUGUUCAAGGCGCAGCAACUGUACGGGCCGUUUUUGUGCGUUGUUCCGCUGAGUACGAUGACCGCGUGGCAGCGAGAAUUUGCCAUCUGGGCACCGGAGAUGAACGUGGUGACGUACUUGGGAGAUGUGCCCUCGCGUGAGAUUAUCCGGCAGUACGAGUGGUGCUUCUCGAACCAGAAGCUCAAGUUCAACGCCAUCCUGACGACGUACGAAAUUCUGCUCAAGGACAAAACCUUCCUCGGAAGCCUCAGCUGGGCGGCGCUGCUCGUCGACGAAGCGCAUCGGUUGAAGAACGACGACUCGUUGCUGUACAAGGCGCUGAAGGAGUUUGACACGAAUUACCGGUUGCUGAUUACGGGAACGCCGCUGCAAAACUCGCUCAAAGAGCUGUGGGCGCUGCUGCACUUUAUCAUGCCGGAUCGGUUCGAGUCGUGGGACGCGUUUGACCGGCUGUACGGCCAAACGACCAACGACAAGUCGUACUGCAAGCUGCACAAAGAGCUCGAACCGUACAUUCUGCGGCGCAUCAAGAAGGACGUCGAGAAGAGUCUUCCGGCCAAGGUGGAGCAGAUUCUGCGCGUCGAAAUGACCUCCAUCCAGCGGCAGUACUACCGGUGGAUCCUCACCAAGAACUUUGACGCGCUGCGCAAGGGCAUGAAGGGUUCCAUCAACACAUUCCUCAACAUUGUGAUCGAGCUGAAAAAGUGCUGCAACCAUGCGCUGUUGACCCGGCCCACGGAGUUUGAAACGCAAACCAACCAGGACGAAGUGGUCGUUCAGCUGCUGAAAGGGUCCGGCAAGCUGGUAUUGCUGGACAAGCUGCUCUGCCGGCUGAAGGAAACCGGCCACCGGGUGCUGAUCUUCUCCCAGAUGGUGCGCAUGUUGGACAUCCUCGCGGAGUACCUGCAGAAGCGGCACUUUUCGUUCCAGCGGUUGGACGGUAGCAUUAAGGGUGAGCUGAGAAAGCAAGCGUUGGAUCACUUUAACGCGGAAGGUUCGACCGACUUCUGCUUUCUGCUGUCGACGCGAGCCGGCGGGUUGGGCAUCAAUUUGGCCACCGCCGACACCGUCAUCAUCUUCGACUCGGAUUGGAACCCGCAGAACGAUCUGCAGGCCCAGGCACGAGCGCAUCGAAUCGGUCAGAAGAACCAGGUCAACAUUUACCGACUCGUUACGGCCAAAUCCGUCGAGGAGGACAUUGUAGAGCGAGCGAAGAAGAAGAUGGUGCUCGACCACCUGGUCAUCCAGCGGAUGGACACGACGGGGCGAACCGUGCUGGACAAGAACGGCGCCAACAACACGGCGAAUCCCUUCAACAAGGACGAACUGUCGGCGAUUCUGAAGUUUGGCGCUGAGGAGUUGUUCAAGGAGGACGAAGACGGAGACGACGAGUUGGUUUGUGAUAUCGAUGAGAUUUUGAAGCGGGCGGAGACGCGGGACGAAGCGCCGGAAAUGCCCGGCGAUGCGCUGCUGUCGGCGUUCAACGUCACGACGUUCGAUUUUGACGAGGAGAAGGAAACGCAGGCGAUUCGGAAACCUACCGCGGCGAAAGCUCCGGUGAAUGCCGCAGAUCAGGAGGACACGAAAGACUGGGACGAUAUCAUCCCGACAAACUUCCGGGAGCUGGUUGAAGCUGAAGAGAGGAAUAAGGAGUUGAGUGAUUUGUACUUGCCGCCUCGGCGGAAGACGCUCCAGCAGCUGAACCAAGCGAACGAAGAGGGAGGGGCGGGUGCUGGUGUGAAGAAGCGGAAGAAGCGCCAGGCCGAAGAGGACAGUGACGAGGAGGAGUCGGACGGGAGUGACGACGGGAAGGCCAGUAAGAAAUCGUCGAGUAGGGGACGACCUUCGAACAAGGAGAAGAUUGGAGGGUUUAACGACACGGAGCUGCGGCGGUUCAUCAAGAGCUACAAAAAGUUUCCGGUGCCGUUGAAGCGACUGGAGGCGAUCGCGAUGGACGCGGAACUGCAGGAGAAGCCACUGUCAGAUUUGAAACGGGUCGCGGAGCUGCUGCAGGAGCGUUGCGUUCAGUUUAUGGAACACUCGAAGGAAAACGAUGAAAAGGAGAAGAACGCCUCGGCGGAAGAAAAGGGAAACAAGCGAGGUCCGCGGGCAGCGUUUUCGAUCCGCUUCGGCGGGGUGUCGUUCAACGUGAAAACGCUGUUGCAGUGCGUGGAGGAGUUGGCUCCGUUGGACGAGUUUCUGCCGGCGGACGCGGACGAACGUGCCCGGUGGGUGCUGAACAUCAAGACGCGCCCGGCGAACUUUGACUGCGAGUGGAACAAUGAAGACGAUUCAAGGUUGCUGCGAGGAAUCUACCAGUUUGGCAUUGGUUCGUGGGAGGCGAUGAAGAUGGAGGAUUCGCUUGCGCUCGGCGAUAAGAUCUUGCUGAACGACGUCGAGAAGAAGCCGCAGGCGAAGCAUCUGCAGUCGCGGGCCGAGUACUUGCUGAAGAUUAUCCGGAAGAAUCUCGAGCUGAAGAAGGGCAACGGGAAGAAGCAGCGCAAGCCGAGAAAGCCGCGGGAGGGGAAGACGGCGAUAUCGGCGGCGAUUGUCCACUCGCCGGUGCACUCGGCCAAGGAUGAUGGGGAGGAGGGUUCGUCGAACGAGACGGCGGCCGUGGAGACGUCAAAGGCCAAGUCGAAGAAGGUCUCCGAGUCGGAUGCGCACCAUCACGAGCACGACGCCAGUUCAAACGGACCGAAGGAAGAGCACCAUCACCCGCACAAGGAGAAGAAGGAGAGGAAAAAGAAGGAAAAGACGAAAGAGGGCAAAAAGAGCAAGAAGAAGAACACCGGGCCGAUGCAUUUUACCGCGAACAACGAACCUGCGCAGCUGAACAUCAUCGGUGAUCUGGAUCCGAGCGUGUUCAACGAGUGCAAAGAGAAGAUGCGACCGGUAAAGAAGGCGCUCAAGACGCUCGACAAUCCGGACCAGACGCUGCCACCACAGGAACAGGUCAACCAGACGAGGGCCUGUCUGCUCGCGAUCGGCAACCAAAUCAACCAGUGCUUGACGGCGUUCAAAGAUCCGGAGAAGAUCAAGGAGUGGCGCAGCAAUCUGUGGUACUUUGUGUCCAAGUUUACCGAGUUCGACGCCAAGAAGCUGUUCAAGCUGUACAAACAUGCGCUGAAGCGAAGCGAGGGCGAAGAAUCGGGCGCGGCGGCCGGAGGAAGUUCGGAGAAGAAGAAGGACCAUCACCACCACCAUCAUCAUCACCACUCGAAGGAGGGUGGCGGAAGUGCGCAAAACUCCCCCGUCAAGGACAAGUCGGCGAAGAACGUGCCGGGAACGCCACAGGCGUUGCAAACGCUCGGCAAAAUCAAGAAGAUCUCCAAGAAGGACAACGGAAGCCAGAAGGUCAGCAUGGAGGUUUCGACGCCGUUGGCCGACCGCGAGAAGGAGAAGGUUCCGAUCGAGAGGCGCGAGCGCAAGGAGAAGAAGCGACAUCACCAGGGCGCGACGGGAACGCCGGAUCGGGGGGCGGCUUCCGGGGACGAUCACCGGAAGGAGCAGCGAGAUCGAUAUCUUGGGCAGGACGGUGGUGGUGCGGGUAGUGAAGAGGACGGUUCUCAUGGCGCCAAGCGUAAGCUCGAGGACGGGGAGCUGGCGGAUGAGAACAGCAAGGAGUACAAGCGGCUGCACGGUGGCGGUGAUGGACGCAACAAUCGCGAUCGGGACAACAAGUGGGACGAGUACGGUGAGCGGGGACGGGGCGGCAUGGGACGCAACAGUGGUGGAAUGCCGCGUGGUGCCGGAAUGUUCCCCGAAGGACGUGGACCGUACCCGGAUGACCGGUGGAGUGGUCGUGAUAGGUUCAGUGACCACAAACGGGACCGAUACGACGGCUACCAUCGGAAUGCACCCCCCGGAGGUUACCACCGGGAUCACCGAGACCGUGACCGGGGUGACCGUUCCUACAAGGACAAGCGAAGAUAUCCACCCGGUGGAGGUUCCGGCUAUUACGGGAUGCCACCCGGAGGAGGAGGAGGCGCCCCCGGUGGUUACUACCCGCCUGGCGACAGCGGUUCCUACCGCUACGGAGCUUCCGGCGGUGGUGGCCCCGGCGGAGCGGACUUUAUGGACUAUCGAGACGGAGGAGGACGCGGACCGGGCCGAGGAGGAGGCGGCGGCGACUACGAAGGACGAAGGCAACCGCCUCCGCCGCCGGCCAACCCGUAGAGACGACUAUAUCGAAUCGGAAAUAUAGUGCUGUGUGUAGUAGUUGUACAGAACAGAGAAAACAAAGCAAUUGCUGGCAACACUGCCAGCGAAGUGUGUUCCACUUGGUUAAAUUAAAUUAUGCGUUUUCUAAUUUUAUUAAGUCGCCACCAAUUUAGUGAGAGAUAAAUUAACAAAAUCAACCAACAAAGAUGCUCAGUUUGUCAUUAGUUUUUGAUAAGUUUCCGCGAGAUGUGUGGCGCGUGCGCGUUUGUCAUUUUUGAUACCUCAACUUUCGUCCCCGUAUUUUGUUUUUAAGCUGAUAACGGAUAAUAUCCGCUAGAGAAGAAAGCAUUUUAUUUCUACGCAGUCACGCACGCGCACACUCUCAAACACAUACACACACAAUCUGAUAAGCUGUAAAUAUAGUUUGUAUUUUCCAACCGACCGAAAAACCAGCAGUACUUUAGUGUGUACAGAACAAGCAUUCGUAUUCGCAUGAACGAACAACGUAAUCUUAAAAAAACACAGCAGAUUCUCUAGCCUAAACUCAUCAUAAUUGUAGUGCAAGCAAACCCCGAAGCAAGAGGUCAGUGAGUGUAUAAAUUACUAAAACAAGAUUGCGAAAGACUGGCAACUGUCGUUCUUAAGGCUAGGGCAAAGUAGGUUUGUAGAAAUAUUUUAAUUUAUAUACCACAAAAACUGAAAAAGAAAAAGAAAAACAACUAAUUGUCGAUAGAAAAGUCUAUUUUUACCUAAACAGAAAGAAACAAGCGAACAAGAUUAAAAAUCAACUUGAAAAAUUAAAUCCAACCUUGCAAGCAGUUUAGAGUGUAAAUCUCCUUAAAAAGAAAACAAACAAAUAAGCAAGUAACUCCUAUCUACCACAAAACUUAUUAAUUUCUGGUUCCUGAAAAAGGUCACAAAAUGAAAAUAGUGAGGUGAAAAUUACUUUGUGAUUCUCAAAACAACCGAUUUGGGUAAAAAAAAAGAAA